GGCAAAAGUUGGGACCGGCCGAGAUGUGGUCGGCAAAACUAAUCUCCAUAGAUUUAUGCCUUCGAAUUCUAUUGUUCACAGCAUCAUUGACAGCCAUGGUAGUUAUGGUCACUAGUAAUCAAACCAAGCUUAUUCAGACGCCCAUGUACUCUUUCCCUAUCCCAGCCAAAUUCACUUACUCUCCCUCUUACAAAUACUUUGUAGUGGCACUUUCACUUUCCACCUUGUAUAGUAUCCUUUCCGGAAUUGCUUCCUCAUGGAUUCUUGCAAACCCUUGUUCUUCAAAGAAGCUAUUGAAGUUCUAUUUGGCCUUAAUUUCCCAUGAUGUGUUGAUGCUAGGGGCAGUGGCAGCAGCCACCGGUUGUGCCGGUGCGGUCGGAUAUAUCGGGCUGAAGGGCAAUUCUCAUGCGAAUUGGAGCGAGAUAUGUGAUGUUUAUGAUAAGUUCUGUCGGCACAUUGGUGCUUCAGUUGUAGUGUCCUUGUUUGCUUCUCUACUUCUUGCCUCACUUGUUAUGCUUUCUGCUUACUCAGUUUACAGUCUCUCUUACAAAGUUUUGGACUAG